AUGAAUCCGUUUGCGACGGUAUCAAAGCCUUUGGGGCAGAAGUCUCCCAAAUCUCCGCUGACGGAGCGCAAGGAACAGCUGGAUUCGGCUUCAUUGCCAUGCACACCACUCCAUCGACCCCCACAAACAUGUCCUACAGCGGUUCCACCGGCCAAAAACGAGAGAUUCCCGUUCAAUAUCCGAGACACAGUUGAUUGGAUCAUUGGGUACGUAUUUUAUGACUUCUUCGGGUGUUUAGGGAAAGUUUAAUUUAAAGUACGCACUUCUGGAAGCCUAGCAAUACACUUGGCCACCUGCAAAUUAAUUCCCGUCGGGACCCAAAAAGGGAUUUGAAUUUAUUUGUAUACGGUAGAAAAAAUAUUUUUUUUGCGGCUGGAGCCGAGAAUUUUAUUUGUUCGUUCAUGGAAUCAACGGUUUUGGAGCCUUGGCGUGGUUUUGAGUACGUUUUAUGUAUAAUAGAUAAAUCAUUUGUGGUGCGUGUAUAUUUAGCUGUAUUUUAGAUUUUUUUUUCAAUGAAAACGGGUGUUUUAGGUAUGAAUUUUUUGAGAGAAACGUGAAGACGAGGUCAUCUACGGGUCCACGUGCGUUGAUGAGUACGAUUUUCAGCAACUCAAGGAGUUCGAUAUAAAGUAAAUGCUCUUCGUCGCCCGCGGAAGUCUUGAACUCCAUGAAUUCGAAUAGGAAAAGAAGGAAAUCAAGAUUCAUGGAGAUAAUCAUGAGAAGGAUAAGACUUUUGCUGACUCGUUAAACAGGGAUAGAUACAUGGCUUCCAAGAAGAGUUUGGAGAUCAACCCUGACCACCUUAUCAUGAAGUAAGUUAAAUUUUUUUUACAUUGAUUACUCGGUUUUAGGGAUCUAUGCGAACGUGUCAAAGUUGGCGAGAUCCCCUGCGAUCUCGACGUCCUCAUCUUCGAGACGGACUCCGUGCUUUUUCGUAGAAGGGCCCGCCACUUACUCCAACAGAACUCACGCAUGAUCAAGCAUGGUCUGGACCUUGAUGAAGCCGAUGCCGUCAGUCCACAUCCGCCCCAGUGGAGACUUAUAUAA